AUGCUCCCGCAGCAGCCAAUCAGAGCGCAGCCAGCCCAGCCUCAGCCAAUCAGAGCACAGGACGGCUGUGGAUGCGAUCAGCUCAACAGCUGGUUUCCAUUAGAGUCUCCUGAGGUUCUCACACGGGAAACAAAAGAGAGCAAGACUCUUACUAUGUUCCGGAGGCGCUCGUGCACAAACACGGACUCAGAUGAUGGACAGACGCCAAACACUCAUCACGCCACGGACGAGCUGCAGUUUGGACCAGAAAACCCGUUCAGAUCGCAGCAGAUGGCCGCUCCGAGAAACAUGAUGUCUGGUUACGCUGAACCGGCUCAUGUCAACGACUUCAUGUUUGAGCAACAGAGGAGAACGUUCUCUACAUUUGGUUACGCUCUGGACCCGUCUGUGGACACCAGUCAGGUCUCGUCCAGCAGCUACAUUGGAGCCGUAGAAGAAGCAGAGAAAAACAAAGGUCUGAUGGCGUUUGAGACGGGAGCGAAGAAGGCGGAGAAGAGGAAGAAGGUGAAAGGUGGAGAUGCGUCGGACAUGGACAGCUUCCUCGGUCCUUGGGCCAAAUACCAGGAUGAGAAAGACGUGGCCAAACCCUCAGAGGACGAGCAGAAAGAGCUAGACGAGAUCAUAGCCAAGAGACAGAAGAGAGGCAAGAAUGAAGAAGAGGCUCCAGCGGAGGAGAAGACCGUCCUGCACCUUAAAGAUGCAUAUGAUUAUCAGGGCCGCUCGUACCUGCACGUUCCUCAGGACGUGGGCAUCAACCUGCGCUCAGCAGACGUCCCGGAGAAAUGCUACCUGCCCAAAAAACAGCUGCACGUUUGGACCGGACACACCAAG